GGUCUAGUGGGAACUGAAUCAGCCGCCUUCUAUACUUCCUCCUCCUUCUCCUUUCUUCUCGCUCACUCACUGGUCGUUAACAAUAAAACCAACGCCAAAAUUGGCGUUCGUUUGAAAUUGGUUCGGCGCCAUGUGGAGAUCACCAGCGUUUUCUUCUCUUACUGGCCGUUUAAGUCAAGUAGGAGUUGCUAGAUUACAGUGUUCUAAUGGAAGAUACAGUAGUACAAUGGUUCAAGCUCAAAUUUCUAAUAGAAACACUCCAUCUCCAAGACCUGAGGAUCAAGAUGAUUACAAAACUACAUGUCACAAUUCAAACCAGAGUGCUGGAGGAGUGCAGAAAAACCAGAUCGGGAAGAAUGUUUCGAGGAAGGAGAAGAUUGACUUUCUUUUGAAAACGCUUCUUGAUCUCAAGGAUAGUAAAGAAGCUGUCUAUGGUGCCCUUGAUGCCUGGGUCGCAUGGGAGCACAAUUUUCCUAUUGCAUCGCUUAAAAGGGUCUUGAUUUUACUUGAAAAGGAGCAGCAGUGGCACAAAGUUGUCCAGGUAAUCAAAUGGAUGCUUAGCAAGGGGCAAGGAAAUACAAUGGGAACAUAUGGACAGUUAAUACGAGCUUUAGAUAUGGACCAUAGAGCAAAUGAGGCUCACAUGUUUUGGUUGAAGAAAAUCGGACUUGAUCUUCACUCAGUGCCAUGGCAGUUAUGCCAUCGUAUGAUAUCUGUUUACUAUAGAAACAACAUGCUAGAGAGCCUUGUAAAGCUUUUCAAGGGCCUGGAAGCUUUUGAUCGUAAACCUCCUGACAAAUCAAUCUUGCAGAAAGUGGCAGAUGCAUAUGAGAUGUUAGGUAUGCUUGAAGAGAAAGAACGUGUACUCCAAAAGUACAAAGAUCUUUUCAAGGAGACAGAGAAAGGACGUCCCAAGAAAUCUAGAAGCACCUUAGCCAAGAAAAAGUCAGGGGAACGAAAAAUGCAUAAAAUUCAGAUGCCAAUGCUGAUGGCUAGCAGUCAAAGUUCAUCAUCAGAUGUAAAUUCCCUUUAGUCUACUUGCAACAUACAGAAGGGUAAUAUUUCAUGGAAGAGCAUCUUUGCAGCUCGCUUCUACCAUUUUCAAGGCUUUUAAAAUUCCGAGCAGUUCUAGCAUGGUCUGGUCACUACUGCUUAAUGCAAUGGGAGACGGAUGUAGCCGGCAAAGAUAUAUAGAUUGAAAGUAUUUUAGUGGUAGUGUCACACUAUGCUUUUAUUGGUGGAAGACUAAUUUUUCAGAUGGAACAUCCAGCAGGAGGCUGGUAUAGUGCUGUUUGAUAUCUUGGCACAUGGUGCAAAUAUGCAGUUAUUACAAAAUACUAAGCAGCAAGUCCCGCACAUCUAUAAUCAAGGAUUGAGAAUUAAAUGGUUAAUUUUCUUUGUAUAAAAUACGUUUGAAAUUGUUUGUCUAAUUGUUUGCAGCAUAAACGAUAGAAAUUCUUUUGAA